AUGAGCACUGCGACACUCGGACUCGGUCGCCCUCAAGCCGGCAAGGCUGCCACCCGUCACCCACGGCAAAGCUCUGGCGCGUUCCAGGUGUUCGACCCUGCCCAAGUACAGACCUUCCGCGAGGCCUUCAACCUCGUCGACCAGGACAACGACGGCAUCAUCUCCGAGUCCGACCUGCGCGGCCUGCUCAACUCGCUCGGCCAGCACCCCGACCCUUCCCUCAUCCACUCGCUCCUGCACGCCCGUCCCGCCAACUCGCCCGCCUCGUCCGCGCCCGCCCAGCUCAACUUUACCGCGUUCGUGACCCUCAUGGCGUCGCACCUGUCGGCGCUCGACCCCGAGUCCGACAUGCUCGACGCGUUCGCGUGCUUCGACGAGCGCAACACGGGCUUGUGCGACGCGGACGAGGUGCGCGAGUGGCUCAAGAGCACGGGCGACCGCAUGUCGGACGACGAGGACGUCGACUCGCCUGUCGACAAGCUCCUUCACCCGCCGUUCCUCGACCGCAAGACGAACCAGUUCAACUACCGCCUCUUCUGCCAGACGCUUCGGAUAGCCGACGACGGCGGCGCAGAGGGCGACGAGCAGCAGCUCGGGCAGGGUGCACGGGCCUGA